UUACUCUGAUGACAACUGAAAGAGAAGUUAAUCCUUCAAACUAGUAAAUGUGAUCACAUUUAUGUGGGGAAGGGAAAAAAUAUACAGCCCUCUCUUCACAGGAAAAAAUCCAAUCCCUCUGUAAGAACCCAAAGGGCAGACUGCACUGCCACGCUGGGGUUGCCAUUUGUAUCACUUGUCAAAUCCUGCCAUUUUUCCUUAACAAACAGAGAACACAUAAGAAUCAUAAAUAUUAGUGCAUUAGACCAGAUUCUUCUUUAUUCAAGCUUUAUAAUUUGAUUUUGUGCUGUCUUUACAACAGGAAGCAAUCCUGACAUUUUACAUUUUAUUUGCCUGCACAUUUUGACUUAAUUUCAGACUUUACAAAUAAGUACAUGUAAACAUAAAAUAGAAUGACUGCCAGUUUGAGCACAAAAAUGAUCACUAAGCAACUGUGAUUUAUCCAGGCUACACAAAAUUAUAACAGAAACAAAUAUGAAAAAAAGAUUGGUUCUAAAAGACAGACCUGCAACAAUUAUUGUAGGGAAUAUAUGUAUGAAAAGACAUGAAAUUUCUCUUUUGUUGUUACCUACCUGCUUGUUUGGAAGAAAGUUAUCCUUACUUUUUUAGUUUAAAGCAUAUAUAGGACAUUUUUCUUACUUGCCACUACAAGUAUCAGUAAAAAGUUAGAAAGGGAGCAUUCAGAUCAUCAGUGUUCAGAGUACACUGCUGCUGGCAUGAAGUUUAGCCCUGCAAGCUUAUCUGAAUAUCAGUAUCUUGGCUCCAGUAAUGGCAAUAAGAAUGGUUUUUAGAGGGAUGCAGUGAUUAGAAUAAGGGAGUAUCCUAUUUUGCUGCUCUUCAGGACAAUAUGUAUUAAUUAUCUCACUAAAAGAUACAUAAUGUCAAAACUUUAGACUGAGUUGAAUUUUAAAUGUGAAUUCAGAUACCCAGGGAUACACAAAUGUUCAAAGAGAAAUCAGGAUUUAAAUACAUUUUCCUAAAGGUAAUGCAUUACUAACUAUAAAAUGCAUUGUAUGGAGUUAAGCUAUGAAAAAAAUGAAUGCAAAUAAAGUAUACUAAUUAAUUUCCAGGAACAUUUCCGUUUCUGUAAAGUGCAAAACUCCUUUAGUGACAAGUAUCUAUAUCAGUGGUGCAUUGAGCCUGAAAUUCAGUCAGAUUCCUGCAAGCAAAUCUGAACAUGUAAAGGAUCAUGGCUGAAACUGCAGUUUGCCUGGGAACAUUCUCUGCUGUGAAAACACUCUGGGAAGUGAGAAUACACAAGAUAAAUGAAGAAUUACAGAGAGAAAAGGAGUUCAGGCAGAGGUCUGCAGGAAGGCUACUGCUUGUCUGGGAGGAGAGAGCUGCUUUAGCAAAGCUCAAAGAAAAAGUUAUUAAUGAAGGUGGAAGAGCAAUUUUAAGGAUAGAGGAAGAAGAAUGGAAGACAUUACCUUCAUGCUUAUUGAAACUAAUCCAUCUCCAGGAAUGGCAGCUUCACAGAACUAGUUUGCAGAAAAUUCCUCAGUUUAUUGGAAGAUUUCACAGCCUUGUUGUUCUGGAUCUAUCCCGGAACUCAAUUGAAAGUGUACCUAAAGAAAUUGGCCAGCUGACCAGCCUCCAAGAGCUGCUUCUCAGUUACAACAGAAUAAAAUCUGUUCCUAAGGAAAUAAGUAACUGCAUCAGUCUGGAAAGACUGGAACUGGCUGUCAACAGAAGUAUCUGUGAUCUUCCUCCUCAGCUCAGUGAUUUAAAGAAGCUGUCACACAUAGACUUGUGCAUGAAUCAGUUUACUGUCAUCCCUUCAGCUCUCCUCAACAUGCCAAAUCUAGAAUGGUUAGAUAUGGGGGGAAACAAACUCCAGGAGCUUCCUGAUGCAAUUGACAGAAUGGAAAACCUCCACACCUUAUGGCUCCAAAGGAAUGAAAUAAACUCUUUGCCAGAAACCAUUGUUAAUAUGAAAAAUCUUAGUACUCUUGUUCUUAGCAACAACAAACUUAAGGAUAUUCCAGCUUGUAUGAAGGACAUGACAAAUCUGAGAUUUGUCAACUUCAGAGACAACCCACUGGAGCUAGAGGUAACACUCCCUCUGCGUGAGAACACAGACGAGGAGGAGCAACAGGAAAUGUUUGGCAUUGACUUCAUGCACAUGUACAUCCAGGAAUCACUCAAGAAAACAGGAAAUGUGGAAAGUUGUACUUCUGGUUCUCCUCCUGUCAUGAAUCCUAAUGAAUAAAGAAUGUAACUGUGGAUAGAAGAAAAUAUCAAGUACACUUCUUCACAGCAAAGAGGCUACAACAGGUUUCAAAUAUUCUUAGGGAUUUUAUUUUUCCAUUGAUGAGAAUUGGUUUGCAUAUUUGUAAUUCCCAGUGAAACUGGAAAAUAGAAGACCUUUUCUUGGGUACAGGAAAAAUGAUACAGGUUUUUUUUUUAUAAGAAAUGAAGUCGUUUUUAUAAAAACCCAGAUGAGUUUUAUAGGGUUUGUUUUUUUUCCCUAUCAAUUCCAAAUCUAUCUCCUGUCAUAUAGUUGGCUCUGGUAUCACAGAAGGAUUUGGGACAGCUGUCAACAGGACAUUCUCCAAGGACACAGCAGACUCUGUAUAAUACUGCAGUGCAGCCUUGUAUCCUUGCUGUUGUAAAUACUCAAUCCGCCCGUGAUCAAUCAGCCGUUUGCAGAGGCAGCCCAGCUCCUUCCGCUCCUCAACACUCAGUAUCCUGUUCCACAUAAAGGAAGGAAGGAAUCAACAGCUGUCAGAAAAUAGUUUUGGUAAUUAACAUUAGUAGUUAAGCUUAGAAAAAUUACUGAAACCAUUUUAAGUUCAUUUCGGUCAGGUAAGCAUGACUGUUGAAAUAUUAUGAAAUGUGUGUCCAUGAAAAUAAUAUUUUUAAAGUAAAAUAUAAGUUUAGUAAUUAAAUUUUCUGCAAAAUUAGUCCUUUUGAGGACCCAAAACAAUUUAAUGUUCCACUAUACAUAGCUUUUCUGUUGGAGUCCAUUUGCUAGGGAAGAAAAUGUACGUACCCUUGUAAAGUAUCAGAACCACUUGCUGUCCUGCUGAGCGUGUGCUCAUGUUCUUCUGUGUCAUGAGUUUGAUCUUCAGUGUCUUCACUUGUAGAAGCUUUGCCUGUGGUUUCUUGCAUGCCACAAGUGGCCCAACUACUCAUUCUCUGAAAAUAAUGGAAUUCUACUGGUCCUAGUCCUACUGAUUUAAAGAACUCUCUGCCUACAUAAUGUGUCCAGUCACACUUGUGAUGGCAACACAGAGCAAUAACAAUUCCAGCUACAGGCUUAUGGUCUUCUGUGGUGCUUUCAUUACCAGCAGAUUUGUGAGGAGCCACCUCUGUCUGAGCAGCUCUGCAGCGUUUUGGUGCAGGCUCUUCAUUUUUUCCAUCACAGCAAGUGGUGUAACUUUCAACCAAGCAUCUCAAAGCAAGAUCUGGGAAUGAACAAAUACAUCCCCCCAAACAAAAAAUAUCCAUAAACACCAUGCCAUUGUUUAUACAGGCUGUAUCGUGGUCAGCAAUGUGGUUCCCACAAAUAAAUAUAAAAUUAUACAUCACAAAUUAAGCCAAAAAGCAAGUUCAAUGAUAACUAAAAAUUACAAACGUGCUUUGAGAACAUGAAAACCCUAAAUGUGGUUUCUCUGGAGCUUAUAAGAGCUUAUCCUCUGAAAUAUUUGUUCUGCAAAAGUGAAUUUAAUAGUUUGGUUAAAAAAUUGGCAUAUUGUAGGAGAAUCUCCUCCCUGUAAAACAUAUGAGCAUUUGCUCUAAAAGUUUGAUAUCCAGGACAUAGUCUAUUAAAUAUGCACAUGUACUUCUUAAAGGCUUAACUGUGUCAUCUCUGUCACGCUACCUAUAAAGGUGUCUUAUUUGAGAUGUCUUUCUCCACAGAGUAGCCAUAUAACAUUAGAAAAACUGUGUUAGGUUAAAGUUAUUGGGAGAGAAACACAAUCUUAUUUGUGAUUGGGAUACAUAUGCAGACAGCCAAUAAAAUUAUAGAAAGAAAGUUGUUUCAAAGAAGAGGCAACUGUGCUAUAAAAGUACUCUCAAAUACAUGACCCCUGCCACCACACACUGUUCUCUGUCCUAAUCUAUUAAAGGCAAGAAGGGCUUCCCUUCUGCCUAAAGUGUCCUUACACCUAUUAUCCUUUUACUGUUCCACUGGAGUCAAGAGAUAUUUAGAAUAUAAUUACUGUGUUCAACAAAAAAGGUUUACAGGGCAAGAACAGCUUAAAAGGACAGUUUGGAAGAUCAGUCUAUUCAGAGUGUAAGGCUUUAUAUCCUGACUUUCUGCAGUUCACACAUCUGUAAUUCAUACCUGUUGCAGCACCACACAAAUGCUUCCCAAUUCCUACCACUGGUAACUUUUUCUUCUCCAAAAUAGGUACCUUAUCUGGAAGGAAAAAAAAAACAAACCAACAAACCCCCAUGCAAUCCACCACUACCCCUGCACCUCUGUUUUUUCUGAAUAAUAUCAUUUCAGCACACUUAGAAAUCAACGUUUGCCACUACUAAAAAUACAUUAAUUGGCACAUUUUGUUAAGACAAAUUAAAAGAAUAGGAUGCAGUGGCUGGGAAGCACAUUUAACCAUUUCAGCCUUUCUCUACUGCCUAUGAAAGGUUAAUAUGACAUUAAUGCAUUCCUGCUGACAGGUGCUCCCACAGAUUCUGUAGCAUUGAUGGUGCAUCACUUGCUUAAUUCUACACAUAAAACAAACAAUGCAAACAUGUUUAAUUGUGCAAGUGCUAGAAAACCUUCAAAAUGUAUUUGUUUUGGUACUUUCUCACCUAUAAUGAUGUCCUAUGAGUGUAUAAAAAGUAGAAAACUUUAAAACUCCAUUUAAAAUAUAUGUAUAUGUGUAUCUGUGUAUAUUCACACAUGCCUGUGUGUACAUACGUGUAUACAUACAGCAUCAACAUGUCCAA